GACAGAAAAAUUCGUUAAAAAAUGGUGGCGAUUUCGUUGUACAGAGGAAAUCUCCACAGAGUUCCCGACGUACCACGUCGGUGGCUUAUGCCAACCCCUAAAAUCUCCCUUAAGGACUUCAAAUCCCUUUUAACCCGCCGCUCUGUAGCUCUCUCCCGCCUCCGCUCCGGCCUCCCCGCCGCCGCCGUCUCUUCUAACCCCAACCCUGAUUUUAUCCCGGGCCAGCUCAGCGAAGCUCCAAAGGCGGGAAAUUUGUCUCACCCCACGAUUAAAUUCGAAGCGCCGGAGAACGUUGCUGCUGAUUGCGAAGCUGGGCCGUCCGGGAAGAAGAAGGAUGGGAAGCUAUCGGACGGUGCUGAUUUGUCGGUGAAAUCCGGCGGUGGGUCCGAUUCACCGCCUGCUCUUAAGCCCGAUUUGAUCGAGAAAGGGUCGGAUGUUGCGGAUGUUGGUGCGAGUUCACUGCCUGUGAAGGUUGAGAAAUUGGAUGAAGUGGAAAACCCUAAUUCUGAGAGGUGCAACAAAGAGGAGGAGUUAAGCGAUAAGCAAAAAAGGAAGAGAGAAGUUGAGGAGAAGCUGCAGGUUUUGAAUCAGAAGAAACAUAAUCUAGUUCAAGUGUUGAAGCAGAUCUUAAAUGCAGAGGAAGAAUUAAAGAGACGAAAUUGUAUGCAAGGAGUGGUGGUUCGCCCGUCUGUAUCACUUCAAGUUGAUGUAACAAAUGAUUCCGGUUCAAUGACUAGGCAUGCUGCUGCUAGGUUGGGCUCAGAGGCGAAUCUUGAGAUGGAAGGGGUUGAGGGCGAUGAGCUUUCAAAUCAUAACUUUCAUUCUCGCCAUAUGUUCCGGAUGAAUAGCACAUCCCCAUCUUCAGAGUCUCCUCUCAGAAGGCCGGCUCAUAUUCAGCACAACGUGGUUCCACACCCCUCUCGAGCAAGUUUAGGGCCAACCGGCACUAGUCCAUCGCGCUUUGCUCCCAUUGGGCAACAGGGGCAUCCUGCAAAUCUACCCACAGUAUCUGCAUCAGGAACCAAUUACAUGGCAUCCUCUCCAUCCCCUGCAGCGUCCGGUGGCACUUCUGCUUUCAAAGACGCUCGAUUGCCAAGUCCAUGGAAUUAGAUUCGGGCUAUGUAGUCCCUUUGUCACGCGGGGCUCUUCUUUGAACACCAGUGUCUUGUAGAUCAUGGCGACGUAAUGAACAUUUCGGCUUCCCUUUUCGUUUUUCCUCCCCACUCCUCUUCCAUUUUAGACUGGUAAAGGUCGGACCGUCGGUCCGACCAAAAUUUCACGUCUCCUUGUAUCUCUGUAAAUUAGUAAAGCUUGUCAACUUAAGCUGUAUUGAAUUUCUUUAAGGAACAUGCAAAUCGAUGAUUUUGAUGAA